AUGUCAGCUUCUGUAAUAUCGACGGAUAGUUCCAAAUCUACCCAUUUAAAAAGAAUAGGCAAUUACGAAUUCGGUAAAGAAAUCGGUAAAGGAUCUUUUGCUACAGUUUAUAAAUGUGUAAAUGUUAAAACCAAUCAACAGGUAGCUAUUAAAUCCGUAGUCAGAUCCAAAUUGAAAUCAAAGAAAUUAAUCGAAAACCUAGAAAUCGAAGUUUCUAUUUUAAAGAAUAUGAAACAUCCUCAUAUCGUAGGAUUACUAGACUAUGAUCAGACUGCAAGCCAUUUCCAUUUAGUGAUGGAUUACUGUUCCAUGGGUGAUUUAUCUUAUUUCAUCAGAAAAAGAAAUCAAUUAGUCAAGACCCACCCAGUAAUCAGUUCUCUAUUAGAAAGAUAUCCAAGUCCUGAAGGUUCUCAUGGAUUAAACCAAGUUUUGGUUGUUCAUUUUUUGAAACAAUUAUGUUCAGCUUUAGAGUUCUUGAGAAGUAAAUCAUUGAUUCAUAGAGAUAUCAAGCCUCAAAAUUUAUUGCUUUGCCCUCCAAUACAUUUAAAAUCAGAAUUUGAAAGAAAUGAUUAUGUUGGGUUAUGGGAAUUACCAAUUUUGAAAAUAGCUGAUUUUGGUUUUGCUAGAUUUCUUCCUUCUACUUCUAUGGCUGAAACCUUAUGUGGAAGUCCACUUUAUAUGGCUCCUGAAAUUUUGAGGUAUGAGAAGUAUAAUGCUAAAGCUGAUUUAUGGUCCGUUGGGGCUGUCUUAUAUGAAAUGACUGUGGGUAAACCACCUUUUAAAGCUUCCAAUCAUAUAGAAUUAUUGAAAAACAUUGAAAAGUCAAAUGACAAGAUUAAAUUUCCUUCUUCAGCAAAAGUUCCUGAAGGUUUAAAGAAAAUCAUCAGAUCUUUGUUAAAAUACAAUCCAACAGAAAGAAUUAGUUUUAAUGAAUUUUUUAGUGAUCCAUUGAUCACAGGUGAAUUAGAAAGUAAUGAUAAACCUUUGGAAACUAGUCAAAUGGAUGAGAAUCUAUUCAUUAGUGAAUAUAUCUCACCUUUGCCAAAGUCCGAAGGGCCCAUUGAAAGACCUAGAGUUGAGCCUCUAACAAUGACUCACAAAUCUAUUGAAGGCUCCAAGUCGAGUGAGAGAGAUGAAGAGAUCAAGAGAAUCAUCAAUAAAAGCAGUCCUGGUCCAGAAAGUUCAAAUCAUAUUCAACCAGGACAGAAUGAAUCUAAUCCAGGAAAGCAAAAUCAAGAAUUAUCCGUUAUCAAAAGGAAUGAUGACGUUUUCUUGGAAAAGGACUAUGUGGUUGUAGAAAAGAGGGCUGUUGAAGUUAAUGCUAUUGCUGAUGAAUUAGCAAAAGCAGGUAGUGGGGCUUUAGCAAUGAAUCCGAGAAGAAAUUCAUCCAUUUCCAGUAAUAAUAGUAUUGAAUCAAGUAAUUCAAUCAAACAUACUUCACCCCAUUUUAGACGUUAUUCCAAUAACAACACAAAUGCCAGACCUAACACUGGUGAGAGAAGAAUUUCUAUUUCCAUUUCUCCAACCAAUGCUUUGAGUAAAGCUAUUGGUUUGGCUUCCAAUAGAUUGUUUGGAUAUAAUUUGAAUCAAUUAGAAACUAAUUCCAAAAUCAUUCCCGAUGAUUCUAAUAUUGAAAUUUUCCAAAAACACAAGAGUCCAAAUUUUUCUAAUAAUUUAUUGUUACAAAAAAUUAAUUUACCGAAUUCAAAUUCGAAUCAAAUCCAACCACAAAAUCAAUUAGUCAAUCAACUGUCAAAGAGUUUGACAAACGAUGAAAUGAUUUUGAUCAAGUUAGAGUCGAUUGCAACCAAAGCACAUGCAAUCAAUUUAUUUGCUGAUGUUAAAUUCAGUCAGUUGAUUCCAUCGCCCCCAUCUAAUGAUGAUUUGGAUGAUGAUUUAGUCCAUCAAAAUGAUUUAUUGCCACCCAAAAUUAUCAAAACUAUUAGUGAAGAGGGUGUCGUUUUGUACGUCAAGACAUUAUCAUUAUUAGCAAAAGGUAUGUCCAUUGCUAGUGAAUGGUGGUACACUCAAAUUGACAAUGGUCUCGAUCAAUCAUCGAUCAACGAUACCUCGUUCUCCAAUUCUAAUAGUAAUAUUGCAAGAAUAAAUGAAUUGGUUCAAUGGAUUAGAGACAAAUUCAACGAGUCUUUAGAAAAAGCUGAAUUCAUCAAAUUGAGAUUACAAGAGGUCGAAAAUUUAGAUACUUCAAAUUUUGAAGACUCUCAAGGCAUCCAGAAGGUUAUUGCAGAGAAGUUAAUUUUCGAUAGAGCUUUGGAAAUGUCCAGAAAUGCUGCUGUUAAUGAACUAGUCAAAGAAGAUUUGAAAGGUUGUGAAUUGGCUUAUUCAACUGCAAUUUGGAUGUUAGAAGCUUUACUCGACGAAGAAUCUCAACAUGGUGACUCAACCAAAUUAGAUAAUGAAGACAAGCAAAUGAUUGAAAAGUUUGUUGUCAGUAUUGGUAACAGAUUAUCAGUUUUGAAACGUAAGCUUGAUAUUUCAAGCAAUUAG